CUUACACGUGAUUUGCUCGGUUGCAGGAAAUUUUUUCUGAAAAGUGUUCAUUUGAAUAAAGAGACUUGGUCGAGUCGAAGAUUGCAUAAAUCAUGUCCGUUCUUGGGAUCGAUUUCGGCACCGACUGUUGCUAUGUCUCCGUUGCUCGUGCUGGCGGCAUUGAAACAAUUGCGAACGACUACAGUCUUCGCAACACACCGUCAUGUAUUUCCUUUGGAGAGAAAACGCGAGUAAUGGGAGUCGCAGCGAAGAAUCAACAGACGACUAACAUGAAGAAUACCGUUACGAAUUUCAAGCGGUUUCUAGGAAGGCAAUUCCGUGAUCCGUUGGUGCAAGAGGAGUUGAAGAGGAAUCUACCAUUCGAAGUAAUGGAGCAGCCAGAUGGUAGCGUGGGGAUCAAGGUCCGUUACCAAAAUGAAGAGCAGGUGUUCUCGGCGGAGCAGGUUACUGCCAUGCUUUUAACAAAGCUUCGCGACAUCGCGGACGCCGCAAUCGGAGGUCGUACCGUCGACUGUGUCAUUUCGGUUCCGAGCUAUUUCACUGAUCCUGAGCGACGAGCACUGCUUGACGCCGCCACCAUAGCAGGUUUUAAUGUGUUGAAGCAGAUGAAUGAUUCUACUGCCGUUGCGUUGGCCUACGGGCUUUAUCGUACUGAUCUCCCAAACGUGGAAGAGAAACCCAGGAAUGUCGUGUUCGUCGAUGUGGGGUACUCCAGUAUGCAGGUUUACGCGGCUGCGUACAACAAAGGAAAGCUCAAGAUGCUUUCCUGCGUGAGCGAUCCCACGUUAGGCGGCCGUGACUUAGAUCUCGCGUUGGCGCAGCAUUUCCGAAACGAAUUCAUCGGGAAGUACAAGAUGGAUGUCGCUACGAACUCCAGAGCCUGGCUACGGCUGACGACCGAGGUGGAAAAGUUGAAGAAGCAGAUGUCCGCCAAUUCUACUCAGCUACCGUUUGGUAUUGAAUGCCUAAUGGACGAUAAGGAUGAGUUACUGACCGCGGACGCUUUCUCUCCUAGAGAGGAUUUUGAGCUGCUGAUCGCACCUUUACUUGAACGAGCGCAUACUCUGCUGAAGCGGGGAUUAGCCGAUUGCGGUACGUUUUUAUUGUUCUCUUCAAAGAUCUCUGGUUUGAAACUGGAUGACAUUUACGGAGUAGAAAUCGUUGGUGGGUCUACUCGUGUUCCUGCCGUAAAGAAUCUAAUAAAAGACGUUUUUGGACAGACUCCUUCAACCACAUUGAAUCAGGAUGAAGCAGUUUCAAGGGGAUGUGCAUUGCAAUCGGCCAUGUUGUCGCCUGCUUUCAAAGUCCGCGAGUUCAACGUCACCGACAUUCAGAUUUAUCCGAUCAUUCUGAAAUGGCGAGGUCCGAAUCAUGAAGAUGGGCAAAUGGAAGUCUUUCCGAAGUAUCAUUCCGUACCUUUCUCCAAAAUGCUGACGUUUUACCGAUCGGACGCUUUCACAUUGGAAGCUUAUUACGACGGCGAUGUGCCAUUGGCGAACAACUUCAUUGGUCAGUACCGCGUACAGGGCGUUAAACCAACUGCCACGGGAGAAAGCUCGAAGGUUAAGGUGAAGGCGCGAAUCAACGUAAACGGCAUUUUCUUGAUUUCGUCUGCCUCACUGAUCGAACCAGUGCCACCGAAGGAGGAAGAUGCCAUGGAUGCGAGUGAAGCUGCAAAUGCGGAAGGGCCGAAAACACCUCAGAAAAAUGAUAAACAGAACGGGCCUGCGAAUACACAAGAUAAUGAGAAGAUGGAAACAGAUGGAACCGAGAAAAUUUCCGAGGGGCAUGUUGUUAUCAGUCCGAGAAAUUCCGACAACACCGGCGUUCAAUGCUUGAAUUCUCCAAAUGAUGAUACCGAAUAUCCAUUCUCUGAAUCGCAAUCUCGCCUUCCUUGUGAAGAGGAGUUGCUGGUAUCCAAGGUUCUCUUGGACGCCCCUGCUGAGGAGAAGACCGGUAAGGAGGAUAAAAAGAAGCCGAGCAAACCAACUGUCCGAAGUGUUGAUCUUCCGAUCGAGAGCCUCGUGUUCCAGUUGUCGAAGGAGCGGCUGGAUCUCUUCACAGAAAUUGAAGGAAAAUUGAUAGCAAAUGACAAGCAGGAGAAGGAACGAGCCGAUGCGAGAAAUGCCGUCGAAGAGUACGUGUACGAUAUGAGAGGAAAGGUGAACGAAAGCUUGGGAGAGUUUUUGCCGCCUCAAGAACGGGAAAGCUUCCUCAGUUCUUUGGAUGCUACCGAAGAAUGGCUGUACAACGAAGGAGAGGAUUGUGCCAGGAAUGUAUACGUUGACAGAUUAGUGCAGCUGCGUCAUGUAGGGGAUCCCCCAGUAAAGCGGAAAAGGGAAUUUGAGGAAAGGCCGAGAGCUUUGGAUGAACUAGGAGGAGCUUUACAACUUGUGAGAAAAGCUCUGGAUUUGUAUGCUGCGAAGGAUGAACGGUUAAGCCUCGAUGCAUCAGUGAGCUCGAUCCUGAAUAAACCCAAGCCAAAGCCAAAAGUGGAAACCCCUCCUGAAGAACCUGCAAAGACCGGAGGGAAAUCCGAGCAACACACCGAUCAAAAGGCGACAGAAGGGGAUGCAGGUGCGACCGGUGACCGAUCAGGAGAGAAGAUGGAAGUCGACUCUUAGUGAUUAGUUACAAUUGUUAGCGCGUUCUGUAUCCUCUCACAAUCCUCACAAUAUGCUUGGGUUUCCGUAACGCGUUAAGCUCGUUGUUUUGUUUUAUUUGAAGACUUCUAUCGGAGUUUUCCAGUGAAUGUAACGUUCGUUCGUGUCCGUCGACUCGUAAUAGUUUCGAGCUUAACGAAAGAAUUCAUUAAAUCAUCUCUCAGAGUUCUUGUCUGUGUGAUGGCGGAUGGAACCGUAUAACGUCAUGAUGGGUAGGUCUGUCUUCUACGGAAUUUUUUCGGCAAGUGGAAAAAGUUCCGCGAUCUUCAAGCGCGUCAUUGAUUUUUCUACGUUGGUUCUUCUUUUUUUUCUCAAUUUCUUCAGAUAUGUUCUGAACAGCGAUGCUUCGUUUUUCGAGUUGUGGCGCGGUGCUUCUUGGAUUUAAUCAACUCUGUGUUGGUCACGCGGAGUGUGUUCCGUUCUCUCUUAAAGUUCUCCAUCGUCAUCGGAGUUGAGGGAAUCCGUAAGGUCAAGUGCUUUGGUUUCUGCAAGCUCCGGUGGAUUUAAGCGGAUUUUCGAACGGUAAUAAAAUUCCAUUCACUUAGAAGUCAA